ACCGCCUGAUUCUUCAGGACUCCUUCUGUCAACUUUUGUCAUUUUGUUAUUUAUUUUCCAAAACUUACAUUCAAGCACGCCCCAUUUGCCUUGGCCCUUUCUCUCUCUCUUUCUCUGUUGUUACUUAUUUGCUGCAUUUUCCUUAUUCUGGCACAGAAGGUUUCUUUCUUUUAUUCUAUAUCAUUUUUUUGGAUAUAGAAAAGAGAGAAAGAGAGAGAUGUAUGGUGAACGGAAUGGUGUGAAGGCUAAGGUUACUUUUCAGUCCAGAAAACAUAUCGACGUUGACGGCUUGCGUCGACCUCCAAACAACAAAGGAGAAAAAGAUGAUCUGUAUCUGAAACUAUGGCAUGCAUGCGCGGGUCCUUCUGUUUAUGUGCCACGCGCUGGAGAAAAAGUUUUCUUUCCUCAAGGUCACAUGGAACAGGUUGAGGCAUAUGUGAAUAAAGAUGGGACAAUGGAAAUGCCCAUCUAUAAUUUACCUUCUAAGAUCCUCUGCAGGGUGUUGCACGUCCAGCUUAAGGCUGAAACUGGGACAGAUGAGGUCUUUGCAAACAUUACUCUACUUCCAGAGGCAGAGCAAGAUGAGCUAAGUAUGGAGCAUAGAAAUUAUCAAGCCUUACCUCGAGUAGCUCUCACGUUCUUUAGCAAGAAACUCACUCCAUCUGACACAAACCAUGGUGGAUUCUCUUUUCCAAAGCGACAUGCUAAUGAUGGGUGUCUUCCGCCACUGGACAUGUCUCAGCAUACCCCACAGCAGGAAUUGGUCGUGAUUGACUUGCAUGGUUCUGAAUGGCGGUUUCGUCAUAUUUUUCGUGGUCAGCCAAAAAGGCACUUGCUUACCAGUGGUUGGAGUACAUUCGUGACAUCAAAGAAGCUUGUUGCUGGGGAUACAUUUAUCUUUCUUAGAGGAGAUAAUGGAGAGCUUCGUGUUGGCGUACACCGAGCAACAACACUAAUGAACAAUACAUCAACAUCUGUGAUAUCUGGUCACGGCAUGAGACAUGGUAUACUUGCUAGUGCUUUCCAUGCCUUUUCUACCAGAAGCAUGUUUACUAUCUACUACCGUCCUUGGACAAGUUCUUCUGAAUUCAUCAUCCCACUUGAUCAGUAUAUGAAGUCUGCUGAAAUUGAUUACUCCAUCGGGACAAGAUUUGGGAUGCAAUUUGAAGGCAAAGAAUGUGGGGAACAAAGAGUUCUUGGCACUAUCCUCGGCACUGAAGAUGUUGAUCGCGUUAGAUGGCCCAAUUCUGAAUGGAGAUGUCUGAAGGUGAAAUGGGAUCCCACAUCUGAUGCAAAUUUUCGUCCUGAAAGAGUCUGUCCUUGGAACAUUGAACCAAUAGAAUCCGCUAACAGGAAGAAACCUUUCAUUCUUCGUCAGCAAAAGAGGGCUCGUACUGAUGAUGCAUCAUCCCCUGGGCUUUCUAGCUUGCUUAUGGAUGGAAUGUGGCGUGGCUCAGUUAAAUAUGAAUCUCAAAGUAGCUCAGGGGUCUUGCAAGGUCAAGAAGAUGACACAGAUGUGAAUCAAUCCUGUGCACUUAGACAACCAUUGCCACAUUUGGUUCUCCCACUAGAUCCUGAUUGUGCCUCAAUGCAACCGCAGAUGGAGAAUCAACUAGAGAUUCAGGUUCCGAUCUGCAACUCAUUUUAUCAAUGUACCAGCAGCAGAGCACUCUAUUCUGGAGCUUGUUUGGGUCUUCAUAAUAACUGGCCUCCAACAGUCUCCUCUUAUGGAGUUGAUGACGAUGCUCUUGCUAGGAGAAAAUUUUCAGUUCCAUAUGUCAAUUCUCAGGAAUGGAGAACUUUGGUACUAAGGAAUGAAAAUGAAACUUCACUUUGUGAACCGACCGGUGGUCACAGAUGCAUGAUUUUUGGAGUAAAUUUAGUUAAUGGUCCACCGGAGCUCCCUUCACCACAAGUUCUCACUUCUAGUGAGCUUAAACGUCUUUGUUCUAUUCCUCAAACAUCUCAGUCAAGUGUUUCAGAACCUUCUAAGGUUACAUCUAGCAAGCAGUGCAACAACAGUUGCUCUGUCAGCAACCGGAGUUGCACCAAGGUGCUCAAGUAUGGAACUGCACUUGGAAGAUCAGUUGAUCUCACUCGAUUUAAUGGAUAUGAAAACCUCAUCAGUGAGCUUGAUCGAAUGUUUGAUUUUAAAGGAAGAUUGAUCGCUGGAAGCAGCGGCUGGCAUGUAACUUAUACUGAUGAUGAGGGGGACAUGAUGCUUCUUGGAGAUUACCCAUGGCAGAAAUUUCAGUAUGAGGUCCGAAGGAUCGUCAUUUGCCCAAUGGAAGAAAUUGACAGACUGAAUCAAAGCUCACCAAAUUCAACAUCUCAAUGAAAGGCCUUUGCUGAAGGCUUGGAAAUCACCUGUAUGGUGUGUUUUAAUGCCAUCAACGUCAUCUGUUUAAUACAAAUGCACCCUGUGUGAAAUGAAGAAGUUUGUUCUAUACAUUAUGUUGUUUUUAAAGAGAUUCAAGCUAUGCAUGCUGCAUCUCUGAAUGCCGCCAUGCACAUUACAUAGAUGCAGCUGUGAGCUGUCUCCAAAGAUGGAUGUUGGCUUUUAUGGAAUAAAGCAAUGGUUAUAAGAA